AGUGUCUAAACUGCCCUGGAGCCCUAGUAGUAAGAUAAGACGCAACUUCACUUGUAGCAGUAAUUCCAACUCAAACUUAUCAGCGCACGCUCGCCAUGGCGAGCAGCGCCAUAAAACAAACGAUCGCAGCCCCGCCGACGCUGCAGGAGGCGCAGAUGGCCGCGUUGCUCACCCUGCUCAACCUUAACAACCCCGUGGAGAAUACGAGCGGGAUAAUCAACCUGAGCGCAGGCUCGGGAAAGACCGCGUCGUCGUUGAAAGUGCCUGUCCCGACGGGUCCCCCGGUGUGGAAGGUCUUGGUGCUCGACCAACACACGAAGGACGUCUUGGCUACUGUGUUACGCGUACAGGAUCUUCGUGAUGUCGGAGUGACUCUACAUGUACAGCUGCAUUCGAAUCGUCCACCACUACCAGACGUGCCCGCGGUGUACUUCGUCUCACCCACGCUGGUCAAUAUCAGACGAAUAGCGCAGGAUCUAGAGAAGUGCCUCUAUGAGUCUUUCCAUCUCAACUUCGUCGAGCCAUUGCCGAGGGCGCUAUUGGAGGAGCUAGCAGCAGCAGUGGCACGCGAUGGUACCGGCGACCUGGUCGCACAGGUCCUCGACCAAUACUUAUCGUUCAUCGCACCGUCGCCUUCCCUCUUCUCCCUCCUUCCCCCGCCCGCCGCCGCUUCCGCCUCAACUCCCACAAGCUCCACUCAAUCCGGGCCCGCGCAAUCGCACUCAACCUAUACCCUCCUCAACUCCCCAUCCACGACCGAGCAGCAAAUCGAAGAGGAGAUUGAGCGGGUCGCGACGGGGCUCUUCAGCGUGGUCGCGACGAUGGGACAUGUGCCUAUCAUCCGCUGUCCGCGGGGGAAUGCGGCCGAGAUGGUGGCGAAGAAGCUGGAGACGAAGAUUCGCGACGCUAUUCUGUCCGCAGCGCGCUCACACACGGCAUCCAUAUUCGCACAGGACUCAACAGGGCUGUCGAACCUUCAACGACCGUUUCUGCUCAUUCUUGAUAGGAACGUCGAUCUCGUGUCCAUGCUCUCGCAUGGAUGGACAUACCAAGCGCUCGCCUCAGACUGCCUCGAGAUGAAGCUCAAUCGCGUUGUUGUUUCACAGCCGCAGAAGCGUUCGUAUGACCUCGAUUCCAAGGACUUCUUCUGGGCGAAGAACGCGGCGAACCCGUUCCCGCAGGUCGCAGAAGAUAUUGAUACCGAGCUAAACCGAUACAAGCAGGACGCGGCAGAGGUUACGCGCUCAACAGGGGUCAGCGACGUGAAUGAUGUAGCUCAGAUUGACCUUUCGGCGAACGCCACACAUUUGAAGACUGCCAUCACAGCGUUGCCGGAGCUGACUGCACGAAAGGCCGUCCUAGAUACCCAUAUGAACAUUGCCACUGCGCUGUUGGAGGAGAUCAAGAAGCGCGGGCUUGACGAACUUUUCAGCACGGAGGAAGCCAUCAGCAAACAGAACAUACAUACUAUCCUUGAGACGCUCCAGCAUCCCAAGGAUGGUGUGACCCCUACGCCAGUUGACAAGCUCCGGCUCGUGCUUGUGUUUUACCUGUCUUCGCCAGACAACGCGCUGUCGAAGGACGACGUGGCUGAGCUGGAGAAGGAGCUCAAGGCUGCUGGUGCUGAUGUUGCGGCGUUUGAAUACAUCAGACGGCUGAGGGAGAUAUCGCGAAUGACGAUACCGAGCUCAGUUGGUGGCAGCUCAACACCUGUUUUGGGUGGCAGUACUUCCGGCGGCGAGCUAUUCAAGGGGUUCAGUGCCCUUAGCAACAAGCUCAGUGACCGGCUGAAAGAUGGCGGUCUGGAGAACCUAAUUUCAGGCGUGAAGAACUUCCUCCCCGCGAACAAGCUUCUGCCAGUGACACGGCUCACGGAGGCGCUUAUGGAGUCGUCUGCGGCGUCGAACCAGUCACUGCAGGAGACGGACGAGUACCUUUUCCUCGACCCCCGCGCGCCGCGCAACGCACAUGCGGGGCUGGGCAUCUCUGGCGUGAGUGCACCAGGGGCCGCUGGCGGUGGGAGCGGACGGUCGAAGCGGAUGACGUUUGCGGAGGGAAUAGUGUUUGUCGUUGGUGGCGCUGGGUACAUCGAGUACGGCAAUCUGGAGGAGUGGGCGAAGAGGAUGGGGAAGAGGGUCACGUAUGGGGGGACGGAGAUCUUGGACCCGGGAGGAUUCGUGCAAGUGCUGGAGGGCUUGGGCAAGGCGGGCGCGCAGGGCUGAGGCGGACUUGUAGGUAGAUAGCACGGUCAAUUAAGACAGCGCAUAAUAGGCCGGGAGAUCUGAUCCGC